GUGGCACAACGAUGUCUGCAACUUCUGGUCCCACUUCCUCCCUCUCCUGGUCUGGCUGCCCUGGCUCUGCCUCCUCUCUCUCACCCACCACCUCUCCCAGCCUUUCUACUACCCUCUCCUCUGCUUCUGGUUCGGCAGCUGUGCCUAUGCCCUGUUCAGUAGCAUCGCUCACCUUUUUGGCGCCAAAUCUCACCUGGUCCGAAACGUCUGUUUCAUGGCCGACUAUAUUGGUAUUACUAUCAUUUAUGCCGGUGGAGGACUCUAUAAUCUCCACCAUCAACUGCCUCUAUCCUCCUCACUCUACGACUACCUCUUUCCUCUUGUGUGCCUCCAUUUGCUGGCCUGUGUGGUAG